UUUUCCCAACGAAUUCCCCUUCUCCAACUCAUUCGGAUCUUUGAGACACAUUCCAACUUAGAAAGUUUCUUCGCUCUUAUUACAUCUAUUCCACAAACAAAGCUUUUAAUCUUCUCCAUUGUCUUUUUUAAUCUCCAUGCUAUCACUUUCACUUCAUUUCGUUUCCUCUCAAACUCCAUAAAAAACGAUAAUGGCGAUCGGGGGAAAGUCUCGUGUUGCUAAGCGUUCCUCUUCUGUUUCGUAUGCAUCCACUGUAACCACUGUGGUCUUCGUAACCUUAUGUGUUUUGGGUGUUUGGAUGCUCACUUCCAACUCCGUUUCCUCCCCUCAAACCACCACCACCACUCGCACCAUCACUGACACCAACAGUGACAUUGCAUUUUCUGGUUCCAAUGAAGAACAACCCUCCAAAAUUAACGAAGAUCAGAAAGAUAAAGCGGUGUUCGAAGAUAACCCUGGCCAACUUCCCGAUGAGGCCGUCAAGCCUGACGAUGAUAAGGUGUCGGAGUCCGAUGAUCUAGAUAAAGUGAAAGAAGGUGCGGCUGUUGAAGAAACCCGACAUGGUUUACAAGGAAAAGAAUCAGCAGAAGAACAGGAGAAGCAAAAAAUGAGUGAAACUCAGAUAUCCGAAGAAAGUGUGUUGACUCAAAACCAACAAUCGAAGCAAAAUGGUCUCAAGGAAGUUGAAGAUAAUAAGCAAAUGAGUAAUGAAGAACCCAUCAAGGUUCAUCAAGAGGAAACUAUCAACAAUCAGGAUCCGUCGGAAGAUCAAGAUCAAAUUCGGGUUGUGGAAAAGAAACAAAUAAACGAGAAACCCAAGGAACGGCGUGGCAAAAAGAAGAAGAAACACGCUGAAAGCAUUGAGAGACCGCUGGAGACGACGAUGAUCGGGAAAUCAAAGAAGGAUGAUGUGGCGGAAAUGGAAGAUGAACCGAGGGUAAACAAACCAAAAAUCCAAGACCAACUAGAGGAGGAUGAACCCAAGGGAACCAAACAACUGAACCAAGACCAACUAGAGGAAGAUGAAUCGAAGGGGACCAAACAACUAAAUCAAGAUCAACUAGAGCAAGAUGAACCCAAGGGAAACAAACUACAGAAUCAUGACCAACAAGAGUCGCAGGUGCAAGGGAUCGACAACGCCACAUUCAAUGACGAAACCAAGGACAAACCGGAGAUUCUAAACGCCACCCAAACUGAUACGUUCCAGAGUUUAUUGAAGACAAAGACGAACCAGGAAACAGCGGAGAAAGACACCCAGAUUGAAGCUCAACAACAGCAUGAGUCCACCUCGGAGGAAACGUUAGGAAGUACCAUUCCGAAAGAGUCCAACGAAUCGAAGAACGCCUGGAAGUCGCAAAAGGCACAAUCAGAGAACGAGAAGGAGAGACGGAGGGACGAAUCGAGCGGCAAAGAGGGCCUCUAUGGUUACACUUGGCAUUUGUGCAACGUAACUGCUGGCCCUGAUUACAUACCCUGUUUGGAUAACGAGGAAGCUUUGAAGAAAUUACGCAGUACCAGGCACUUCGAGCAUCGGGAGAGGCAUUGCCCUGAGGAAGGACCAACGUGUUUGGUCCCUCUUCCAAAGGGAUACAAACGGCCCAUCUCCUGGCCCAAAAGCAGAGAGAAGAUAUGGUACAAUAAUGUACCACAUACGAAACUGGCUGAGUUUAAAGGGCACCAAAACUGGGUUAAAGUGAGCGGCGACUUCUUGACUUUCCCCGGUGGGGGUACCCAAUUCAUCCAUGGCGCUCUCCACUACAUCGACUUUCUCCAACAGUCAGUACCCAACCUUAAAUGGGGUAAACGCACCAGAGUGAUCUUGGAUGUUGGAUGUGGAGUUGCAAGCUUUGGAGGGUAUCUUUUCGAUAGAGAUGUUUUAACAAUGUCUUUUGCCCCCAAAGAUGAGCAUGAAGCUCAAGUUCAAUUCGCCCUCGAAAGAGGAAUCCCUGCUAUAUCAGCUGUGAUGGGUUCUCAGAGGCUACCAUUUCCUUGUAGAGUCUUUGAUGUGGUUCACUGUGCACGUUGUAGAGUGCCGUGGCAUGCUGAAAAUGGUAUGCUUCUGCUAGAACUGAACCGUGUACUGAGACCUGGAGGAUAUUUUAUCUGGUCAGCCACCCCUGUCUAUCAGAAACUUCCAGAGGAUGUUGAAAUAUGGAAUGGUAGAACACAAACACAAUACUAUCAAUUCAGUUCAAACAUGGUUUUAAGCGUUUCCAUGGGGCUGACAUGUCAAGUUUGUUUUGCAGCUAUGUCGUCCCUGACAAAAGCCAUGUGUUGGGAUCUUUUGACCAUCAAAAGGGAUAAAUUGAACUCCGUUAGUGCUGCCGUCUAUCGAAAACCUAUCACAAACGAAUGUUAUGACAAAAGGCCGGAUCAUAAUCCACCAAUGUGUAAAGAAAACGAUGAUGCAAACGCUGUCUGGCAUGUACCCCUGCGGGCAUGCAUGCAUCGCGUACCGAUAAAUCCAGCUGAAAGAGGAACACGAUGGCCUGCACAUUGGCCUAAUCGGCUGCAGAAAGCUCCUUAUUGGUUGAACCGAACCCAGAUGGGGAUUUAUGGGAAACCGGCUCCUCAAGAUUUUGUAAAAGACCAUGAACACUGGACUCGAGUAGUUAGCAAGUUGUAUAUGAGUGGAUUGGGAAUCAGUUGGUCUAAUGUUAGAAAUGUGAUGGACAUGAGAGCUGUUUAUGGAGGGUUUGCAGCAGCUUUGAAGGACAUUAAAGUCUGGGUGAUGAAUGUGGUGAACCUUGAUUCCCCGGAUACACUUCCGAUCAUCUACGAACGCGGUCUUUUCGGAAUGUACCACGAUUGGUGCGAGUCGUUUAGCACAUAUCCGAGAUCGUAUGAUCUCCUGCAUGCCGAUCACCUUUUCUCGAAGCUGGAAAAGAGGUGCAAACUUCAACCAGUGUUGGCAGAGGUUGAUAGAAUCGUGAGACCAGGUGGAAAAUUGAUAGUUCGUGAUGAAUCAGAUGCCAUUGGUGAAGUUGAGAACUUGUUGAAAUCACUGCACUGGGAAGUUCAUUUAACUUUCUCCAAAGAUCAAGAAGGAAUACUAAGUGCUCAGAAAGGUGAUUGGCGGCCUACAGCAUAUCAAGCUUCCAUCUGAUGACAUCCCAUUAUCUGUAUUUUGAUCAUUAUUUUAUUAUUUGUUGGAGCAUUCAUGGAUAUGCCUAGUGUUUUUGGGUGUCUAUAGGUCUUUUAGAUUGUUGGGUUUUUAGUUCACAUCCUCUUUCUUUUCGUUUUAUCUGCCCCUAAACUUUUUGUAAACAUUUUCUUCGAUUCAGAUCAACAUGAAAAGAAAAAAGAUAUUUAG